CAAGUAUUUGACCAAUAAGGGGCAGGAAGUAGGGCCUAUCGGCCAUGGAUAGCAAACUGGCCCCAAUCAGAUGUUAAUACUCCACAUAGCAACCCCAAUCACAGCUGAAGGGGGGCUUGGUCGUGAAGGUGUAGUAGUGGUUACCCCUCCCCCUCUAAACUGUCUUGUUUUGACACAUUUUUGUUUUGCUUGACAAGCUAACCCAUUUUUUUUCAAUCAAAGCUAGCUGGUCAACACCACAUUGAAACCAUAUAUAGCUAGCUACAUGUGUUUCUGUAAUUUCAAACGAUCUAAGUAAUGUUGCUGAUGUGCUAACCAGCAAGUGUAUCGUUGGGCACAUUUGGAAUACAAUGCCAUCUUCGAUGGAAGGAUCUUCUAGAGAAGGUGAACCGUUUACUGUGAAACAUGAGCUGAAAAAUGCCAACCUGACCGGCCACGUAGAGAGGGUGGGAAUUGAGAACUUUGAGCUGCUAAAGGUGCUGGGAACUGGAGCCUAUGGCAAGGUGUUCCUGGUGCGUAAAGUGAGCGGUCAUGAUGCAGGUCAACUAUACGCCAUGAAGGUGUUGAAGAAGGCCACAAUCGUACAGAAGGCCAAGACAGCAGAACACACACGCACAGAGAGACAGGUUCUGGAACACAUCAGACAGUCACCGUUCCUCGUCACCCUCCACUACGCCUUCCAGACAGACACCAAGCUGCACCUCAUACUAGAUUAUGUGAACGGUGGGGAGCUCUUCACACACCUGGUACAGAGGGUUCGGUUCAAAGAGCAGGAGGUAUCUCUGUAUAGUGGAGAGAUAGUCCUGGCGCUGGAGCACCUACACACGCUGGGUAUAGUCUACAGAGACCUGAAGCUGGAGAACAUCCUCAUGGACUCCAGCGGGCACAUAGUGCUUACAGACUUUGGCCUCAGCAAAGAGUUUGAUGAGUUGGAGAGGGCUUACUCUGUCUGUGGCACCAUUGAGUACAUGGCCCCAGAGAUCGCAGAGGGAGGAGAGGCUGGCCAUGACAUGGCUGUAGACUGGUGGAGCCUUGGAGUAUUAAUGUAUGAACUUAUGACGGGUGGAUCACCAUUCACUGUCGAUGGAGACCAGAACUCUCAUACAGAUAUCGCCAAGAGGAUCUCGAAGAAGGACCCUCCGUUCCCCAAAGACAUGAGCCCUCUGGCCAAAGACCUCAUCCAGCGCCUCCUCAUCAAAGACCCAAAGAAGAGACUGGGCUCUGGGCCUGACGGAGCUGACAACGUUAAGAAACAUCCAUUCUACCAGAAGAUAAAUUGGGAGGACCUGGCAGCUAAGCGGUUGCUCGCCCCGUUCAAGCCGGUGAUCAGGGAUGAGCUGGAUGUCAGCAACUUUGCGGAGGAGUUCACCGAAAUGGACCCCACUUACUCCCCUGCAGCGAUGCCUCAGAACUGUGACCGCGUCUUUCAGGGCUACUCGUUCAUGGCCCCCUCCAUCUUGUUCAAGAGAAAUGCUGUGAUGGAUGACACGCUGCAGCUGUGUGGAGGAUCAAGAUCACAGAGACCAGGGUCUGCUGCUGUGGCCCGCAGCGCCAUGAUAAAGGACUCUCUGUUUUACAUGAACUAUGACAUGGACCUGAAGGACAAUGCCCUUGGUGAAGGAAGCUUCUCUAUCUGUAGGCAGUGCACCCACAAGAAGACUGGACAGAUGUACGCUGUGAAGAUCGUCAGUAAGAGGAUGGAGGCUCAGACACAGAAAGAGAUCACAGCUCUGAAGCUCUGCGACGGCCACCCCAACAUCAUCAAAACUCACGAGAUUUACCAUGACCAGCUGCAUACGUACCUGGUGUUGGAGCUGCUGCGUGGUGGAGAGCUGCUGGAGAGGAUCCGGAGGAAGCAGCACUUCAGUGAGACGGAGGCCAGCCGCAUCAUGAGGAGACUGGUGUCAGCCGUCAGCCACAUGCACGAUGUAGGAGUGGUACACAGAGACCUCAAACCAGAGAACCUGCUGUUCACAGAUGAGAGUGAGAACGCUGAGAUAAAGAUCAUAGACUUUGGUUUUGCUCGGCUGAAGCCUCCAGACAACCAGCUGCUGAAGACGCCGUGUUUCACCCUGGCCUACGCCGCGCCGGAGAUCCUCAAAUACGACGGCUACGACGAGUCAUGUGACCUCUGGAGCCUGGGGGUCAUCCUGUACACCAUGCUGUCGGGUCAGGUGCCGUUCCAGUGUCAGGGGAAGAGUCUGGCCCGCACCAGUGCUGAAGAGAUCAUGAAGAAGAUUAAACAGGGAGACUUCUCCUUCGAGGGAGAGGCUUGGCGGAGUGUCUCACAGCAGGCCAAAGACCUCAUACAAGAGCUGCUGACUGUGGACCCUGACAAGCGGAUCAAGAUGUGUGGUCUGAGGUACAACGCCUGGCUCCAAGACGACAGCCAGCUCUCCUCCAACCCUCUGAUGACACCUGACAUCCUGGGUUCCUCCACCACCGUGUCUGUACACACCUACGUCAAGGCUACCUUCAAUGCAUUCAACAAGUGUAAGCGGGAGGGUUUCCGUCUGCAGACGGUGGACAAGGCCCCGCUGGCCAAGAGGAGGAAGUUGAAGAAGACCAGCACCGAGACCAGGAGCAGCUCCGGAGAGAGCACCCGCUCCUCUUCCUCCUCCUCUCAGUCCCACCCGGACACCCGCUCCUCAUCCUCCUCCUCCCAGUCGCACCAGGACACCCGCUCCUCCUUCUCCACCUCUUCCUCCUCCUCCUCCACCUUGUCUCACCACAACACCCACUCCUCCUUUUCCUUCUCCCAGUCUCACCAGGACACCCUCUUCUCCUCCUCCUCCCUGUCCCACCAGGACACCCACUCCUCCUCCACCCUGUCCCAACAGGACACCCACUCCUCCUCCACCCUGUCCCAACAGGACACCCACUCCUCCUCCACCCUGUCUCACCAGGACACCCACUCCUCCUCCACCCUGUCCCACCAGGACACCCACUCCUCCUCCACCCUGUCUCACCAGGAGAAGACUGGGGGAGACGACGUCGCCGACCCUCCACCCCAACCUUCCAUUAGCUCCACCACCACCCCUGUCACCACAUCCCUCUCCAUGGGCUCAGACAACGACCCCGCUCCGGAACGCUCGCCGCCUCCAGCCUUCUACUUCUCAGACUGAGAGAGAGACUGAGAGAGAGAGACUGAGAGAGAGAGAGAGACUGAGAGAGAGAGAGAGACUGAGAGAGAGAGAGAGACUGAGAGAGAGAGACUGAGAGAGAGAGACUGAAAGAGAGAGACUGAGAGAGAGAGAGACUGAAAGAGAGAGACUGAGAGAGAGAGAGACUGAGACUGAGCUACAACUCAUCCAGAACGCCGCAGCCCGUCUGGUGUUCAACCUUCCCAAGUUCUCUCACGUCACCCCGCUCCUCCACUCUCUCCACUGGCUUCCAGUUGAAGCUCGCAUCCGCUACAAGACCAUGGUGCUUGCCUAUGGAGCUGUGAGGGGAACGGCACCUCCGUACCUUCAGGCUCUGAUCAGGCCCUACACCCAAACAAGGGCACUGCGUUCAUCCACCUCUGGCCUGCUCGCCUCCCUACCUCUGAGGAAGUACAGUUCCCGCUCAGCCCAGUCAAAACUGUUCGCUGCUCUGGCACCCCAAUGGUGGAACAAACUCCCUCACGACGCCAGGACAGCGGAGUCAAUCACCACCUUCCGGAGACACCUGAAACCCCACCUCUUUAAGGAAUACCUAGGAUAGGAUAAAGUAAUCCUUCUAACCCCCCCCCCCCCCCCCCCCCCCCCUUAAAAGAUUUAGAUGGACUAUUGUAAAGUGGUUGUUCUACUGGAUAUCAUAAGGUGAACGCACCAAUUUGUAAGUCGCUCUGGAUAAGAGCGUCUGCUAAAUGACUUAAAUGUAAAUGUAAAUGAGAGACUGAGAGAGAGACUGAGAGGGAGACUGAGAGAGAGACUGAGAGAGAGACUGAGAGAGACUGAGAGAGAGAGACUGAGAGAGAGAGACUGAGAGAGAGAGACUGAGAGAGAGAGACUGAGAGAGAGAGACAGAGAGAGAGACUGAGAGAGAGAGACUGAGAGAGAGAGACUGAGAGAGAGAGACUGAGAGAGAGAGACUGAGAGAGAGAGAGACUGAAAGAGAGAGACUGAGAGAGAGAGAGACUGAAAGAGAGAGACUGAGAGAGAGAGAGACUGAGACUGAGCUACAACUCAUCCAGAACGCCGCAGCCCGUCUGGUGUUCAACCUUCCCAAGUUCUCUCACGUCACCCCGCUCCUCCACUCUCUCCACUGGCUUCCAGUUGAAGCUCGCAUCCGCUACAAGACCAUGGUGCUUGCCUACGGAGCUGUGAGGGGAACGGCACCUCCGUACCUUCAGGCUCUGAUCAGGCCCUACACCCAAACAAGGGCACUGCGUUCAUCCACCUCUGGCCUGCUCGCCUCCCUACCUCUGAGGAAGUACAGUUCCCGCUCAGCCCAGUCAAAACUGUUCGCUGCUCUGGCACCCCAAUGGUGGAACAAACUCCCUCACGACGCCAGGACAGCGGAGUCAAUCACCACCUUCCGGAGACACCUGAAACCCCACCUCUUUAAGGAAUACCUAGGAUAGGAUAAAGUAAUCCUUCUAACCCCCCCCCCCCCCCCCCCCCCCCCUUAAAAGAUUUAGAUGGACUAUUGUAAAGUGGUUGUUCUACUGGAUAUCAUAAGGUGAACGCACCAAUUUGUAAGUCGCUCUGGAUAAGAGCGUCUGCUAAAUGACUUAAAUGUAAAUGUAAAUGAGAGACUGAGAGAGAGACUGAGAGAGAGAGACUGAGAGAGAGACUGAGAGAGAGAGACUGAGAGAGAGAGACUGAGAGAGAGAGACUGAGAGAGAGAGACUGAGAGAGAGAGACUGAGAGAGAGAGACUGAGAGAGAGAGACUGAGAGAGAGAGACUGAGAGAGAGAGACUGAGAGAGAGAGACUGAGAGAGAGAGACUGAGAGAGAGACUGAGAGAGAGAGACUGAGAGAGAGACUGAGAGAGAGAGACUCAGAUGGACAGCAUGUAGAUCUCUCUCUCUCCCUCCAUGGCAGCUCGCAGUCAAUCGCUCACAAUCAGCCACAUGCAUGGUCCACAAGUGCAUGCACGCAUCCAGGCUGAGCAUGCAGCAGGAACAGGACCCACCUCUCAAUCAUCACUAGCAAUAGACACACAGUAAAUGAAAAGGACUGCCCUACCGAUCCAGAGCUAGACAGCGGAGAGACCCCUCUACAACCACACCCCUGUUUCACUCAUGUCUUCCUGUUUGUCUGGAAGGUAGGUCAUAGUCCUGGUUGUUUGUUUUUGUUUACACUGUGGUGUAUUGCAUUAGUAAAGACAUUUUACUUUAAGCCACAAAUACUGCAGCUUAUCACAUUGGGAGGAACCUGUUGUUGGAGCAUACUUCUAGUGGAACAUAUAUUUUGCUGUAUUUAUAUAUGACAAUAAUGCAGACUGAAAUUAUUUAUGAUUUGUUUUUAUGUUAACUUAUUAAUGGUUCACAACUGUUUAUGAUAGAUACAGUUGAAGUCAGAAGUUUACAUACACUUAGGUUGGAGUCAUUAAACCUCGUUUUUCAAUCACUCCACAAAUUUCUUGUUAACAAACUAUAGUUUCGGUAAGUUGGUUAGGACAUCUACUUUGUUCAUGACACAAGUCAUUUAUCCAUGAAUUGCUUACAGACAGAUUAUUUCACUUAUAAUUCACUGUAUCACAAUUCCAGUGGGUCAGAAGUUUACAUACACUAAGUUGACUGUGCCUUUAAACAGUUUGACAUCAUGGGAAAAUCAAAAGAAAUCAGCCAAGACCUCAGAAAAAAAAUUGUAGACCUUCACAAGUCUGGUUCAUCCUUGGGAGCAAUUUCCAAACGCCUGAAGGUACCACGUUCAUCUGUACAAACAAUAGUACGCAAGUAUAAAUACCAUGGGACCACGCAGCUGUCAUACCGCUCAGGAAGGAGACGUGUUCUGUCUCCUAGAGAUGAACGUACUUUGGUGCGAAAAGUGCAAAUCAAUCCCAAAACAACAGCAAAGGACCGUGUGAAGAUGCUGGAGGAAACAGGUACAAAAGUAUCUAUAUCCACAGUAAAACGAGUCCUAUAUCGACAUAACCCGAAAGGCCGCUCAGCAAGGAAGAAGCCACUGCUCCAAAACCGCCAUUAAAAAAAGCCAGACUACGGUUUGCAACUGCAUAUUUGGGACAAAGAUCGUACUUUUUGGAGAAAUGUCCUCUGGUCUGAUGAAACAAAAAUAGAACUGUUUGGCCAUAAUGACCAUCGUUAUGUUUGGAGUAAAAAUAAUAGAUGGCAUCAUGAGGUAGGAAAAUGAUGUGGAUAUAUUGAAGCAACAUCUCAAGACAUCAGUCAGGAUGUUAAAGCUUGGUGGCAAAUGGGUCUUCCAAAUGGACAAUGACCCCAAGCAUACUUCCAAAGUUGUAGCAAAAUGGCUUAAGGACAACAAAGUCAAGAUAUUGGAGUGGCCAUCACCUCAAUUGUAUAGAAAAUUUGUGGGCAGAACAGAAAAAGCGUGUGCGAGCAAUGAGGCCUACAAACCUGACUCAUUUACACCAGCUCUGUCAGGAGGAAUGGGACAAAAUUCACCCAACUUAUUGUGCGAAGCUUGUGGAAGGCUACCCGAAAUAAUUGACCCAAGUUAAACAAUUUAAAGGCAAUGCUACCAAAUACUAAUUGAGUGUAUGUAAACUUCUGACCCACUGGGAAUGUGAUGAAAGAAAUAAAAGCUGAAAUAAAUCCUUCUCUACUAUUAUUCUGACAUUUCACAUUCUUAAAAUGUAAGUGGUGAUCCUUACCUAAGACAGGGAAUUCUUACUCGGAUUAAAUGUCAGGAAUUGUGAAAAACUGAGUUUAAAUGUAUUUGGCUUAGGUGUAUGUAAACUUCAGACUUCAACUGUAUAUAUGCUCAGACCUAGAACUGUAGAACCCUUGAGCUCUAGAACCCUUGAGCUAAAGAGGCAGUUUCAAGUCAUCGCAGAACGUUUGCACUGGCAGUUUGAUGUUGUUUCAGGAUGAUUCCAACAAUAGAUAUUUCAAACAGCCAGUUCAGUGCUUCAGCCUCUCAUAAUGAGAUCAUGAUGCAAUUGUUUGUUGACCUGAUCAGAUCAUGUAAGCAUGUAUUUAUGGGGGUUUUAUACAACAAGAAAAGAGGGUCUCAUGCUAAUCUGAACGCAUGUGACCAAUUAAAUGAUUUGUCAUUGUUGUCACAAUGUAAGAAAUCAAUAUGUAAAGCAUAUUUAUUUGACAAUGGCUCUUUUGGAUGGCCUUUAUGAGAAGUCAGUUUGGAGAAAGAUCACUUGUUCAUUUCCCUGCUGUAAAACAAUAUAUAGGCGGAUAUAUCGGUAUCGGUAGGUUUUCUCCCCAAAAAACCCCUUCGCUCCGUCUCUAGUGAUGUUACUGUUUUUAUGGGUGUAUUGUAGCUUUUUCUGUCUCGGCUCCUGGAGGAAUAGUUCAUAUUUGUCUUGGAAAGAGGCAAAGGAGUACUGUACCAAAAAUCUCUGCCUUUUCUAUAUUAGAUGGCUUGCCCUUGUGUAUGCUUCAGACUAGAGACGUAUAUACAGGUAACUGCCAAAGUAAAGGAAACACCCAACAUAAAGCGUCUUAAUAGGUUGUUGAGCCAGAACAGCUUCAAUGCACCUGGCAUAGAUUCUACAAGUGUCUGGAACUGUUGGAUUAGAAAACAUUCUUCCACCUAGAAAUUCCAUCAUUUUGUGUUUUGUUGAUGGUGGUGGAAAACUCUGUCUCAGGCUCCGCUCCAGUCUCCCGUAAGUGUUCAAUUGGGUUGAGCUCUGGUGACUGAGAGACACACACUUUAAACCCCCUAUGCUCCUUUAAGACCACUCUUUCAAAGUCACUGAGAUUUCUUCUGGCCAUGGUAGCCAAAAUAAUGGUCAACUGGGCAUGUUUACACAUGACCCCUAAGCAUGAUGGGAUGUUAAUUGUUUAAUUAACUCAGGAACCACACCUGUGUGGAAGCACCUGCUUUCAAUAUACUUUGUAUCCCUCAUUUAUUCAAGUGUUUCCUUUAUUUUGGCAGUUACAUGUAUAUACAGUCUGUAUGGCUCUCCUUUAGACUAUAGUAAACAGUUGACUGGUUAUCAUGUUUCUUGACACAUCUUUCAUGUCUCGUCUGUCUGUCUGUCUCUGUCUCUCUCUCUCUCAGGUGGUUUGAACUCUUGCCACUUACUGUCAUGUUUGUUUUCUGCUCUUGUGAUACACACCUUGACAUGUUGCUUUGCAAAGAGAGAGAGAGAGGACCUCUACUUGAUUUUCUUGAUCGACUUCCGUUUGAAAGCAGCAUUCAGUGUUUAGAACCGAAGCAUUCUGUAAGCUUGGAAACAGACCCACUUCUAGGGGUAGCUACCUGGCCUGGUUGCUGGUGAUGUUUCCUUUCUAUGCAAGUUUGCAAACAUGUUUGUCAAUGUAAAUGUUAUUGGUGAGGAUACUUCAUGUGUGAAAAUCUGGACGGCGUUGUCUGACUAUCGGGCCAGAACAUGAUCAUUUCUAGACAACACAGCACAGGGGACUAUUCAGCUUACGUUUUGGUAAAGGGCUUCAUAUGAUAUAUUGGUUCAUUCUAAAACUAUGCAUAUAUUCUAGAUCUAUCCAUCAUGUCAAGCUGUCCAAGAAGAUCUUAUAGCUUGAUAUGUCAAGAGAACACAGUGGUCACACACACCAAACCCCCAAGAACAUGGCUUUCCAUGAAAUUAAAAGGCUGAACCCUUCCCUUGAAGCUAAAUGGUACAAAGCUCAUCUCUUCUCUGACUUCAGUCUGCAUGAGUUCCCUUCCUGCUUCUCUUAUGCCUCAUUAAACCUCAAGCCUUUUGUUUGGGUCUAUUAAUAGACUACAGCACAGCCACAGAAGAGAAGAAGCAGGGGAUGAGAGGAGAGGAGAGGAUGGGGGGAGGUGUAAUAGCACAGCCAUGGAGGAGGAAGCAGGGGAGGAGAGAAAGAGAGGGGGAGGAGGAGGAGGAGGGGGAGGAAGUAGAGGGAAAGAGGAUGGAGUCCUAUAUGGAACUCGCCGCUGGGAGUCUGAUCUGCUGUGUCUUGGCUCUGUUUGUUCCAGAAAGAAAAACGCUCCAAACUGACCACUUUUUGAGUAACAUCUUCACACUUAUUUGCAUAUCAUUGAGAGGAAGGAGACCCAACAUUUUUGUUACGAAUGUAAUUUGUAAUCUGCAUCCUCACUUGUAGCUAUGCUGUUUAAACUAAGCUCAACGCCACUUGGCUGAGUCCUGUGUAUGGUCAGCUGUGAGGGCUGAUUAGGCACUGCCCAUGGGUUUGGUUCUCUCACAGCACUACAUGUAAUACUACUAGUGGUACAAUACAGACCCAUCCCACAUUGUCUUGGGUGUGGUUUUCUGCCGAUCGUCUUCUUCAAUAGUACCGUAACGGUGGGUCCCUUCAAUAGUACCGUAACGGUGGGUCCCUUCAAUAGUACCGUAACGGUGGGUCCCUUCAAUAGUACCGUAACGGUGGGUCCCUUCAAUAGUACUGUAACGGUGGGUCCCUUCAAUAGUAACCGUAACGGUGGGUCCCUUCAAUAGUACCGUAACGGUGGGUCCCUUCAAUAGUACCGUAACGGUGGGUCCCUUCAAUAGUAACCGUAACGGUGGGUCCCUUCAGUAGUACCGUAACGGUGGGUCCCUUCAGUAGUACCGUAACGGUGGGUCCCUUCAAUAGUACCGUAACGGUGGGUCCCUUCAAUAGUAACCGUAACGGUGGGUCCCUUCAAUAGUACCGUAACGGUGGGUCCCUUCAGUAGUACCGUAACGGUGGGUCCCUUCAGUAGUACCGUAACGGUGGGUCCCUUCAGUAGUACCGUAACGGUGGGUCCCUUCAAUAGUACCGUAACGGUGGUUCCCUUCAAUAAUACCGUAACGGUGGGUCCCUUCAAUAGUAACCGUAACGGUGGGUCCCUUCAGUAGUACCGUAACGGUGGUUCCCUUCAAUAAUACCGUAACGGUGGGUCCCUUCAAUAGUACCGUAACGGUGGGUCCCUUCAGUAGUACCGUAACGGUGGUUCCCUUCAAUAAUACCGUAACGGUGGGUCCCUUCAGUAGUACCGUAACGGUGGGUCCCUUCAAUAGUACCGUAACGGUGGGUCCCUUCAAUAGUAACCGUAACGGUGGGUCCCUUCAAUAGUAACCGUAACGGUGGGUCCCUUCAAUAGUACCGUAACGGUGGGUCCCUUCAGUAGUACCGUAACGGUGGUUCCCUUCAAUAGUACCGUAACGGUGGGUCCCUUCAGUAGUACCGUAACGGUGGGUCCCUUCAGUAGUACCGUAACGGUGGUUCCCUUCAAUAAUACCGUAACGGUGGGUCCCUUCAGUAGUACCGUAACGGUGGGUCCCUUCAGUAGUACCGUAACGGUGGGUCCCUUCAAUAAUACCGUAACGGUGGGUCCCUUCAAUAGUACCGUAACGGUGGGUCCCUUCAGUAGUACCGUAACGGUUGGUCCCUUCAAUAGUAACCGUAACGGUUGGUCCCUUCAAUAGUAACCGUAACGGUUUGUCCCUUCAAUAGUACCGUAACGGUGGGUCCCUUCAAUAGUACCGUAACGGUGGGUCCCUUCAAUAGUACCGUAACGGUGGGUCCCUUCAAUAGUACCGUAACGGUGGGUCCCUUCAAUAGUACCGUAACGGUGGGUCCCUUCAAUAGUACCGUAACGGUGGGUCCCUUCAAUAGUACCGUAACGGUGGGUCCCUUCAAUAGUACCGUAACGGUGGGUCCCUUCAAUAGUACCGUAACGGUGGGUCCCUUCAAUAGUACCGUAACGGUGGGUCCCUUCAAUAGUACCGUAACGGUGGGUCCGUCCCUUCAGUAGUACCGUAACGGUGGGUCCCUUCAGUAGUACCGUAACGGUGGGUCCCUUCAGUAGUACCGUAACGGUGGGUCCCUUCAGUAGUACCGUAACGGUGGGUCCCUUCAGUAGUACCGUAACGGUGGGUCCCUUCAAUAGUACCGUAACGGUGGGUCCGUCCCUUCAGUAGUACCGUAACGGUGGGUCCCUUCAGUAGUACCGUAACGGUGGGUCCCUUCAGUAGUACCGUAACGGUGGGUCCCUUCAAUAGUACCGUAACGGUGGGUCCCUUCAGUAGUACCGUAACGGUGGGUCCCUUCAGUAGUACCGUAACGGUGGGUCCCUUCAGUAGUACCGUAACGGUGGGUCCCUUCAGUAGUACCGUAACGGUGGGUCCCUUCAAUAGUACCGUAACGGUGGGUCCCUUCAGUAGUACCGUAACGGUGGGUCCCUUCAGUAGUACCGUAACGGUGGGUCCCUUCAGUAGUACCGUAACGGUGGGUCCCUUCAAUAGUACCGUAACGGUGGGUCCGUCCCUUCAGUAGUACCGUAACGGUCGGUGGGUCCCUUCAGUAGUACCGUAACGGUGGGUCCCUUCAGUAGUACCGUAACGGUGGGUCCCUUCAGUAGUACCGUAACGGUGGGUCCCUUCAGUAGUACCGUAACGGUGGGUCCCUUCAGUAGUACCGUAACGGUGGGUCCCUUCAGUAGUACCGUAACGGUGGGUCCCUUCAGUAGUACCGUAACGGUGGGUCCCUUCAGUAGUACCGUAACGGUGGGUCCCUUCAAUAGUACCGUAACGGUGGGUCCCUUCAGUAGUACCGUAACGGUGGGUCCCUUCAAUAGUAACCGUAACGGUGGGUCCCUUCAGUAGUACCGUAACGGUGGGUCCCUUCAGUAGUACUGUAACGGUGGGUCCCUUUUGAUUUACUUUGGCCCUUGUUUUUCCAAAUCGUUUUUUUGAAGAAAGUUCAAUUGAUAUUUUGUCUCUGUAGACUGAGGUUCAUGGACACGAAUUGUCCUUCAUUUGGAUUGUAGGUAGACUACAUGUAAAGAAUGCCACUACUGCUUACUCCUUUAGUUACUGCAAGGACAUACGUAGCCUAGCCGUCACUGUGAAAACCCGUGUGUUUGCUCCAUUGACAUAUAUGGUUUGGUCACUGUGAACAACCCAUCACUCAGGUGUGCAGGCCAGCUGUACCGUAUAGCUGCUAUUAGAUAAGGCGUUAUGUUAUGAACUGAAGCACAUAGCAGUAGUCUGGGUCUUUUGGUUAAGAGAAAACUGUUCCUAUAAUAUCUAUUGUAUGUAUUUGCACAUGUAGUUGGCGAUCCAUGUCACAUGGUGUGUGUGUGUGUGUAUAUGAGCUGUUUUUCUCUGUCAAUCGGAUCCUAUUGUUGUCUUGUUAAAAAGAAAUGACUCUUACAUGCAUCCAUUUGUUUUGCUGAGAUGUGUUGGUGAUUUUUGUUCGAUGACGAGUUUCAUAAGUAAUGACAGAUUUACAAACGGCUGUUCUAAUUCUAAAAUCAAGUUACAAGGGACCUUUUUUUAACUUCAUAAAUCCUACGUAUCGCUUUAAAUAGCUUUAGCAUUAUAGAACACGAUUUAUUUGGAUUUAUUUGGAUUGUCUAUAAAAUGAAAAUGUAAAUAUUUUUGUAUUUUAAUUUAAAGUAAAAGAAACUAAAUUAUUUAAAAGGAAGGUUAAUCUAAGGGCACUGUUUGUCUCUUCCAAGGUGCCGUAGUUUCAAGGUGACAUGUCCAAGGGCAGCCACAAGGGGGCAGUGUUGACCAGAGCCUGGCUCUACUGAACUAUACUGAGGGAAUGUCCUAAACCUCUUCUCUGUAGCUCAUCAUCCACUCACUGUGCAACAUUCGCUACUAUAUAUUUGAUAUUUAUCCAUAGAAAAAGGAUUUUAGAAAAUAUUUCAAAGAAGUUAUUUCAUAACUAUUAUAUAUCAAAUAUAUAUUCUUUCUUUUUUUGUCAUCUAGCUGGGCUAGAAUUGUACAUUUAUUAAGUUAUUUACAUUGGAAUCAUGGUAGUUAGUGGUUAGGUGGAUAAGUGUACAUGUAAAAAAUGAACCAAAAUAAUGAUCUUAUUUUUCUUUGGUGUGUCUUAAGGCUUUAAAUACUGUAAUUAUGGUAUGGCAUAAGAUUCUAAAUAGUAUGACAUUUUAAAAAAUAUCACUCAACUGCAUGUAUGCAAUGCAGUGGGCUGUCUUGAAGUGGGAACUUUAUAGAGGGAAAAGGACAUUUUACUAAUGAGCAGUGUUUCAAAAGAAGAAUUUAUGUAUUUUGUUUGUCUGGAAAAUAAGGUAAAAGCUUUUGUGUGUAAGUCUUGUAUUGGAUUGUUUUGUGUGAGAACGAGUUGAAUCAACUCGCAUAUCAUUAAAUCGGAAUUUAAGGGAGGGUGUCAUAGGAGGUUAGGAACCUUAAUUGGGGAGGACAGGCUCGUGUUAAUGGCUGGAGCGGAAUCAGUGGAAUGGUAUCAAAUACAUCAAACACAUGGUUUCCAUGGUUUCCAUGUGUUUGAUGCCAUUCCAUUUGUUCCGUUUCAGAGAUUAUGAGCCGUCCUCCCCUCAGCAGCCUCCACUGGAGUGUUUAGUUUUUAUAAAUCAAUACUGUUUGUAUUGUUUGUAUUUGCAGAUUUUGCUUGUCUUGUGAAUUGUUGAAAAUCUCUGUGAAGAAAUGUUUAUAAAAAAGAAAAAUGUAAGGGCUUUAAGGUUUUCAAAUCCUUUAUAUAGAAAAUAUAAUACUGUUAAUGUUUGUCACACAUGUUCAAUAAAGUUUCUAAGUUCACAAUU